AUGGCUGUGCGCACGCGGCCGCCUUCCGAGAGACCGCGCACCCAGGAGGAAUGUUCAAGAAAACCCGAGAGCGAGAAGUCCCUCCUCGGCGGCCUCGCUGCCGUGCUCCAGACCCGGGCCGGGGUCGCCUUCCCCACAAGUUUCCUCGUCCCGACUCGGGUGAAGCGAGGAAACCCCGCCCCUCGCGCGCGCGAGGCCGGCUCAGCGGAGAGGAUGCCGGGAGGUGUAGUUUUUGGCAGCGGCAGGAAGUCGGCUGGCGACGGGCGGGGACGCGCUCCUGGGAGGCCAGCGGACUACAAAUCCCUACAGCGCCUGCGCCGCCGGAGCCGGCUUCGCGUUUCCCGGGCCCGCGCCUGGAGAGAGAGCAGGCCGAGGGUGCUCCGCGAGCUGACGCGCGGUGACUUGCGCGCGCCGCUCGCCGGGCUGCCCACGACGCCUCGCGGCCGCGGGAAGUGCGCGCGCCCCGCGUGCGUGGAGUUGCCAGGGACACGGCGGCGGCUGGGUCGGCCCUUUGUGUAUUCCCAAACAGAGGGCGCACCUGUCUGCACCCCUCCCCCCGGCCUCUUCUCCUGUUGUUUCCAUGGCGGUGGCGUUCACGGCUUAAGUAGAAAAUAGAGCUCGAAGCCUGCUGGAACUGGCACGGUGUUGGACGACACAGACGGUCCGUAAAUCCAACCACGAACUGCGGAUUCCUAUUAGAAAUUCGAAGUACAGCUCACGCAGUAUGGCAAGAUGCCUUUGCCACAGACGUUUUUGUCCCCCCUGCCACUGUAGCUGCGCACCCAGCACAAAGAAAUGUCAGUGGUCAGAAAAAUGUCGGUUGUUUUUUCCUUUAAAAUGUCACCAGGUAAUUGCUUGAUAACAGGCUGGUCUGGCCUUUGGCUUCCACCAGUGCCUGGAGGCUUCCUGCCCAACGUCCCACCCUGGGAAGUUCAAUGACGAGUUGUGUUGAGAACCCAGCAUGUUUUCGUGACUCCCAUAAUUUUAUUUUGCUAAAAUUCAACAGCAGCUGAUGUCCUAAUUACUUAAACACAUGGUUAUUCGUAAAAUGUACUCCAAUCUGAGGCCACGGUGGAGUUGGGGGAGAAAGUUACUGGGGUGUUACUGCAAGGUUAGACGUGUAGGCAAAGACACUCUGGAAUGGAGAUAAGGCAGGCCCGAGCGUGAGAGUACAGUGCGAAUUACUGAAAGCUCUAGAAAUUAGUUUUCAGUGCUUUUGGUGCAAGCAAUUAGUGACUAGCUUGUGUAUCCAUCCUGGAGCUUCUCAAUAUGAUUUCUUUUUUUUUUUUUAAUAUAUUUUAUUGAUUUUAGAGAGGAAGGGAGAGGGUGAGAGAGAAACACCAAUGAUGAGACAGAAUCAUUGAUCAGCUGCCUCCCGCAUGCCCCACACUAGGGACUGAGCCUGCAAACCCCGGGCAUGUGCCCUUGACGGGAAUGAAACCUGGGACUUUUCAGUCCACAGGCCCACGCUCUGUCCACAGGGCCAAACCAGCCGGGGCUCAAUAUGAUUACUGAAUGUUUAAAAAUUCUAUUUCCAAUUGUGCUGUUUUUAGAGAAUAUAUGUUACUGUGACCUAAAUAAAUUUUCUUGUCCCAA